AUGUCUACUUCGCUUAUCCGUACUAUCAAGAACAUCUACUCUUCAGGGUUGAAGAGAGCCGCAUGGCAAAUCCAAACCCAUAACGAUACCAAAAGAGGUUGGUUAGUGGGCCAAGAUGAUUGGGGUAACAAGUAUUACGAAACGGAUGUACCAGAAGAAAUUCAUUUAAGAACCAGAUGGGUUGAAUAUGCCGACUGGGGUGUUGAUAUUUCCAGGGUUGAACCAGGUUGGCAUUAUUGGUUAGGUUAUGGUACUAAUACUCCACCAAACAAGUUACAAGGUGACCAAAUUGCUACCAGAGCUUACCCAUUACUCAAACAUAAAGAAAACUUAACUGCCACUAGAGGUGCUUAUGUUCCUUACAACACUGCCAAACCAAAACAUCAAGCAUGGCAACCUGAAGUUAAAGAACGUGUUGAAGUUUAA